UUUGCUGUCAUUUGGUGUGGUGUUGGCAAUACCGUGGGUUGACAUUUCGAGUCUCCAAAAUAAUCCCAUGCUUUUUUCGUUAAAAACGUUGACAAAAUUUAAGUUUUUGUGAUAUUAAGGUGAAUUGUGUUAAUUUACGGUGACAAAAAUGCCCCGAGGCAAAUUCACGAACCACAAAGGCCGUAAUCGCCGAUUUACCAACCCGGAAGAACUCGAAGAAGAGAGACGACGUGAAGAACAGAAGAAGAAAUGGAGACAUCAACAAGGUGAUGACACUUCAAGUAGCGAAGAUGAAGCAUCUGGUGAUAAAAAAAUAAGCGAGGAGGAAUCUGACGACAGUGAUGACAGCAGCAGUGAAGGAGAGGUUAAGGCCAAGGGGGUCUCCAACCUUAUAGAAAUCGAAAACCCCAACAGGGUGCAAAAGAAGAGCAAAAAAUUAGCAACUUUAAACACGGAAGUAGACAGUAAGCCCCAAUUGUCGCGUCGAGAGCGCGAGGAAAUUGAGAGGCAAAAAGCCCAAGCUCAUUAUCAGAAAUUACAUGCUGAAGGCAAAACCGAACAAGCUAGGGCUGAUCUAGCGAGAUUAGCAAUUAUUAAACAACAAAGAGAAGAGGCGAAAAAGCGUAGAGAAGCCGAACAAAAAGAGAAAGAAGAUGCGGCGAAACUCAAAACAGCUCAGACUCAAAAAGCGUUGGGAAAAAAGUAGAACCAAUUUUCAUCAUGAAAUUUACUAUUUUCACUGUUUCAUGUAAUAAUUCUUUUAUAGCAAUUAAAUUCUACUAAGUUUGUGA